AUAAAUUUUCUCUAAAUGCUUUCCCCUCAAGCUCGCCUCGCUCCAUCUUCUCCUCUCUUUCUCUCUCUCCAUCUUUCUUGCUUUCUUCCGCACGCUUGUCAUGCCCACGCCGCGGCUGGAGGCGAAGCGCCCCCUCCGGCGGCCGGCCAUAUCGAUCCCGGCUGUGCUCGACCUCAACGGCGGCGGAGACUUCGACCUGCGGCAGUGGAGCAGGGCGGACAUGGGCUACACCAGCCUACGCGACAUUCUCACCUCCUCCUCCGCCGGUGGUGGCCUCGUCUCACCCUCCGCCUCCGCCGCCACCGGUGCCGGCGAGAUCCAGAUCAGGAACCGGCUGGUGAAGCAGGCUGCCUAUGCCUACCUACAGCCUACCCCCUCCUCGUUGGAGUCCUCCCGCAGCCGCCGCCAUCGCGGCCCCAUCCGGCGGCUCCUCGCCGGCCUCUCCUGCGGCCUUGCUGGCUCCUGCUUCGACUUAGUCGGAGUCUUCUUCCAAUCCAUCCGUCGUUAACGGUGACGACACCAACGGCGGCGCGAGUUCCUUAUGUCUUUUAUUCCUUUUAUUCUUUUAUUAAGUUUUUUUGUACAUAGAAAGGAUAGACAAGCAUUGGGAUUUCAU